UGAAAUUUACUUUCACCGAAUCGGUUCACGACAGCACGGCACUGGCAUCGGGUGGAACACACUCGACGUCAAAGUAGCACUUUAGAAGAAAAACAGAAAACCUGUUUCCGAAAUAUGAAAAUAAUCUAUCAGCAGAGGUCAGGUCGAAAAUAUAAAAUUAACCUGACCGUUUGGUUCGCCCGCAGAAGACUUUCGGUUACUAACGGCACUGGAUAACAUUUCAUUCUGUUCGUAGCAGUUCACCAAUCGACGUUAGAAUAUGGAGAGGUUACGAUUUGGAGUAAUUGUCGCAGUCGCAGUGCUAAUUGGGUGCCACUCGGUGGCUUGUGACAGUGACGAAAAAGAAACCGCAACUACCGUUGGUGUAACGGGAAUGACGAUCGGAAGCGUCACCGAAACCAUUACCGAAACAAGUACCGAAGUGGCGGAACCAGUGAAACUCAGUGCAACCGAUCCAAUUGCCUACGAUGAUCGAGAGGUCACAAAUUUUUUCAAUUCAGUGAAGCACCAGCUCCGGUGCGGUUAUCCGAAGUUUGGCAUUCCUUCUUUGGUGCCGUUAAAGCUUUCGUACAGGUUUAAGACGACUUUGGAUUUUUUGAACCUCAAAAAAGUACAUGUGAGCGCUACAAACUUCGUGAUUCAUGGAUUGGACAAUUUUAGUUGGAGAGCUGCGAACACUUCAUUCAGUCGCAGCCGUGCUAAUUUAACAGUCAACUUUCCCAACGUCACAAUCACAGCGAACACGGCGCUAAAUGGAGCGAACGGAACUUCGCGAGUGUCGCUGUACGAUAUUCUAGUCUUCUUGCAGGCUCGCUAUGAGGAGAAAGACGAUUUGCUUUACGUGACCGAUUUGGAUGGUAAUUUAUCGGUUAAAUCUUCCCUGGUUAAGCUAGCCCAUCUUUUCCCGAAGAGCGCGAAACUCACCAAGAUCUGGAACAAGGCCAUCGGUGAUUCGGUGCCAAUCGUUGUCCGGUUGAUCGCAACGCGUAAAAUCAGCGCCGAGUUCAUCAACCGGAUCGUCAACGGGUCCAAGUACUACGCCCUGAACACUGCCAACAGUGCACUUUCGUCGUACAAACUGAACUUUGACGGAGUUGUCGAGAGCUUUAAACGGUUUGCGGAGCAAACCCACGAUUCGCUGAUGUGCUCGGAGAAUGAGGUGAAAGUAGAGUCGCGGAUAUUCUGAGUGGGAUGCCGAAAGUCGAUGAGGCCUUUUCAAUAUUCAUCAGACGGAUUACCCAGCCGAAUCGCAGUUGGAUGAUCAGUGAUCGAUAUGAUAAAUCUUUAGAAUAGAAAGAACAAUUUUAAUUUAUUGUAUACAUUACCAUCAGGAAAUAAAACGCAUUUUAAUUUUACGCUAAA